AUGGCGUUCCGGCAGGCGCUACAGCUGGCGGCCUGCGGCCUGGCCGGGGGCUCGGCCGCGGUGCUCUUCUCGGCAGUGGCGGUGGGGAAGCCCCGCGCGGGCGGGGACGCGGAACCGCGCGUGGUCGAGCCCCCGGCGUGGGCGGGGGCCGCGCGCCCCGGGCCCGGCGUCUGGGACCCCAACUGGGACAGGAGAGAACCACUGUCCUUGGUCAACCUGCGGAAGAGGAACCUAGAGCCUGGAGAAGAGGAGCUGACAUCCAGGCUGGACCACUGCAAGGCCAAGGCCACACGGCACAUCUUCCUCAUCAGGCACUCCCAGUACCACGUGGACGCCUCCCUGGAGAAGGACCGCACACUGACGCCCCUGGGUCGUGAGCAGGCUGAACUAACUGGUCUGCGACUUGCAAGCUUGGGGUUGAAGUUCAAUAAAAUCGUCCAUUCCUCCAUGACCCGUGCGGUAGAAACCACUGACAUCAUCAGUAAACACCUGCCAGGCGUCUGCAAGGUCAGCACAGACCUGCUGAGGGAAGGCGCCCCCAUCGAGCCCGACCCCCCUGUGUCUCACUGGAAGCCAGAGGCUGUGCAGUAUUAUGAAGAUGGAGCACGGAUCGAGGCCGCUUUCCGGAACUACAUCCACCGGGCAGACGCCAAGCAGCAGGAGGACAGCUAUGAGAUCUUCAUCUGCCAUGCCAAUGUCAUCCGCUACAUCGUGUGCCGGGCACUGCAGUUCCCUCCAGAAGGCUGGCUCCGCCUUUCCCUCAACAACGGCAGCAUUACCCACCUGGUGGUCCGGCCUGAUGGCCGAGUGGCUCUCAGGGCCCUCGGGGACACAGGGUUCAUGCCUCCUGACAAGAUCUCCCGUUCCUGA